AUGCCAAACCCAUCGCAGCUCUUUCUUCUUGCAGACCAUAUCAAACUCUCCCUCCUAGAACGACAGCGAGCGAUCUCAUUGGAUUUGGAACCCAACAGCCAAGACGGAGAGAUCUCUCGCUCUUUGGAAUCGUUGCAUGACGGCAUCGAGGAUGUCGAAAGGGACCUCUCCCAGCUGGAACAGGCCCACGAUGAUGGCGCCGCCGAGUUGAAAGACCAGCUAUUCCAUUUGAAAUCGCAGUAUCAAGAUUUGUCAUCUCAGUUCAGCGGACACAGCACCUCAGCCGGCGCCAGCGGCUCAUCCCCAUCGCCUGAAUUCGCCAAUGUCAAGUCAUCUCCUGAUCUCAAACAGCCGGUUCCGCAGCACCCUCCUUCAAAGUCAGUGCGGUUCAUGAACUCGGCUACAGAAGAAGCCGACCUCGAGCGACAAAACCUCUUCCACCCUUACCGCGACUCGCCUUCCCCUCCCGGUGUAGAUCAAUCUGACAUGUCGAAUGAACAAAUAUAUGAUCGACACAAUGAGAUCAUGCGCGACCAGGACGAACAGUUAGAUCGUCUAGGCGAAUCCAUCGGGCGACAACACCAACUCAGUAUCCAGAUUGGGGAUGAAUUAGAAGGCCACGUCGCGCUCUUAGACGGUAUGGACGGUGAUGUUGACCGACAUCAACAUCGGCUAGAUGGGGCUAGAAAACGACUGGACAAGAUCCGGAGAAGCGCGGGCGACAAUUGGAGCUUGAUGACGAUCGUCGGUUUGAUCAUUAUCCUGGUCAUUCUCAUUGUCAUUUUGAAAUAA